GGGACCCUCAGCUCCAGCAGUUCCACUCUCCUCCUCUCACACUCAGCAUCCAUCUGACACCAUGUGGACCCAGGCCAGCGCUCUGCUGCUGCUGCUCGCCUGCUGCCUCUGGCCGGCCGAGGCUCAGAGCGAUGGCAGCAGGAGACAGAGCAUCUGGGACGAUCCCAUCAAAUUCAACACCAAGGCUAACGACUUGUGCACCAUGAUCAUCACCGGUCACGGGGAAUACACAAGGCUGAGGGUGUCGUGCGAGGGCAACAGGCGAUCCUACUGGUGUGAGUAUGUGGGGAAGCCUUAUACCUGCCGCACUUACAACAAACACCCUCGACACUACUUUGUCCAGAUGAUGUGGGGCCUCAGGAAGCUCUACAACGCCUGCCAGGCGCCAAAACAGAUCAAACCUUUCAUGUGCAGGAAGGCAACCAAUGAAUCUCAGAUGGUCUUCUCGUCGGCCUCCUUUUCUCGGUCAGUGCCAGAGGCUUCUUCUAGGACUGGAGCAAGACCAGCAGCACAGCCUGCAAGACCUCAACCUCGACCUGCACCUACAGGGCCUGAUUCAGUGAGGCAACCUUCCACGAAAUCCAGAGUCCCACAAAGAGUGAAGACCACACAGAGAACCACUUCACAACCAUCACAGACACCCCCUGUGGAGAGCACUGGCAAGAGGAUGGCUCGGCAGUACUGCUGGAGGUCACUUCAGGGCAUCUGCUCCUAUGUAAUUGGGUUAUUUCGAAAUUAACGAGAAAGAUUUUCUGUUAGAUUCACAGAUUUACAAUUUUGAUGAAGAUAACUUCUGACAUCAGAUUUUAACAGCCCUUGGAGGGAAACUGUGGUAGAAGAACUGCAGCGCUCUCUUCAGGGGAAGGGAUGGUACUGCAGUGACUUUCAAACAACUCCUCCUCAUUGAAACAUAGCAUGCAUCAGCAUCAUUCAUCAUCACCCACUGAGAGCCAGCCUCGCCUGAAAACACUCAAACAUCCUUUCAGAGAUCACAGCUGGAAGAACAUCCCUACCUGACUUGAUUAUGUAAGAACAAAUGUUUUGUUUGAGACACGUACAAAAUGGUGCAAACACUACUUUCACUUGUAAGUGAAAUUUCUGCAGAUGCAACAUUUUUUAAAAUAUAGGGAUCAAGCCAAACAUUGGUGUCACUUAUCUGUAUUUAUGUUUGUAUAUAAUCUACCUGCAUCACUUAAUAUCACCUUGAAUAUUACUUUGUUGGGAGAGACUAACUUUUUAAUUACGGUUUACAACUGCAACGAUAUUCUGUGCUGGUGUAUUUGACAGACAGGUGUAAUUAAUGUGAACAUGUUUUUAUCAAAUAAAUAAAUAUUAUUCUCAA